CAGACUCUCAGAAUUCUGACUGCAACUGGCACAACGCCGAGAAACAGCGACUCCCUCUCUGGUUCGGACCUGCGCGUCGUCUGCCCCAAACAGCUCCCUCUUGCGUCCACCGUCGUCGCCGACCCAUCGAUUCUCUCUUUGCCCCGGGCCAUUAUCCAACAGUCAACAACUGAAUAAUUGCUUCAGCCCAUCUGAAGCGUGGCAGUUCGUCGCCUCCAACCCUCUCAGCAUCCGAGUCGCCAGCCAGCGGUCCAGUCGCAGUUGAGCAUGCUGUCGCAAAGAUCAAGGAGCCAAGACAAGAACACCGCAACGGCAACGGAAGAAUAACGGCACCAGCGACCGGCAUCCUUUUCCUUCCCUUCCUCUCCAACGAAAGCACCACGAAGCACCACACGCUUUGCUUUAGCCGACUACACAGGUACUCGGCCACAUCAACUUGCAUCAUUCUGCCGCUGAGACGAGACGUCACCUUCUUUUCAGCCCGUCGCUCGCUCCACUCUCACCUUCUCAUGACCUUUGCGCCUAAUCCUACCGACUCCGCCGACCGUCUCCUUUUCCCUAGGUUGCCUCCUCGAUCUGCACCUUCUUAGUUUUUUCCUCGACUGCGACCUUCGUACAGCAAACGUGCGCCAAGUGCCCUCGACACACAGACACACAACCGAACCAUUACUCACAGUCCCUUAUUCGGGUGCGCGCAGGGCGACCCCAGCUGCUGCUGCAUCCACCAUGGAGGACGGCCAUCACUCACCGGAUUCGACCAAGGAAUCAAAGUCGGAGGAACACUCCAAGAUGAACGGCUCCAAGCUAAAACGGGAUGGCGCCAGCAACGCCGGCAAUGCGGCCACGCCAAACGGCUCCCAGACCGGAAUCUCGAGACCCCCAAGCAUGUCGCCCGACGAGCACAAGGCUGCGAGUGAGAGCACAGCAACUCCCAGCGAAAAUGUCCCGACACAAAAGCCUUCGCGAAAGGCGUCUCAGAAGAACAUGAAGAGGGAACCGGUGCUCUUCAACCAUCUCCCCGACGUGAGGGAAGAGGCAUGCACACAUUUCCAGGUCAUUCAUGACUGUCUCUAUGGCUCAAAGAACAUGGGUGCAUCCGAGCACGAUGCGUUGGAUUGUGACUGUGCGGAAGAAUGGCGCGGUGAUAUGAACCAUGCGUGCGGGGAAGAUUCAGACUGUAUUAAUCGGGCCACGAAAAUGGAGUGCGUUGACGGCGAUUGCAACUGUGGUAGCGGAUGCCAGAACCAGCGCUUUCAGCGAAAACAGUACGCCGACGUAUCGGUCAUCAAGACGGAAAAGAAGGGGUUCGGCCUCCGGGCAAACACGGAUUUGCAAGUUAACGACUUCAUUUUCGAGUACAUUGGCGAGGUCAUCAACGAGCCGACAUUUCGCAGCCGCAUGGUCAAAUACGACAAGGAGGGCAUCAAGCACUUCUAUUUCAUGUCACUAACCAAAUCCGAGUUUGUUGAUGCCACUAAGAAGGGCAACCUCGGCAGGUUCUGCAACCAUUCGUGCGAUCCUAAUUGCUACGUCGACAAGUGGGUGGUUGGUGACAAGCUGCGCAUGGGCAUUUUUGCGGGGCGCGCAAUCAAGGCUGGUGAGGAACUGGUGUUCAACUACAACGUGGACCGCUAUGGCGCCGACCCGCAGCCUUGCUACUGCGGUGAACCAAACUGCACCGGUUUCAUUGGCGGCAAAACGCAAACAGAGCGUGCAACCAAACUGCCGCCUGCCACCAUCGAGGCGCUUGGUAUCGAAGAUGGAGACAGCUGGGACACGGCGGUGGCGGCCACCGUCAAGAAGCCCCGCAAGAAGAAGGCUACCGAGGACGAUGAAGAGUACAUCAACCGCUUCGAGCCUCGUGGCCUCGAUGAAGAGGGUGUCACCAAGGUCAUGGCCACGCUCAUGCAGUGCAAGGAGAAAUGGAUUGCCGUCAAGCUGCUCGGCCGCCUUCAGAAUGCCGACGAUGACCAUGUCCGGAACCGGGUUGUUAAGAUGCACGGAUACCAGAUUUUGAAGACAACCCUCAACACCUUUAAGGAAGACACCAAUGUCGUACUGCAGAUUCUCGAUAUCCUGUACCAACUCCCCCGCAUCACCAAGAACAAGAUUACCGAUUCCAACAUCGAAGCCGCCGUCGAGCCCCUCACCCAUUCCGACCAUGAGGAUGUCGCGUCGCAGUCCAAACGAUUGCUUCAGGAAUGGAGCAAAUUGGAGACAGCCUAUCGCAUCCCGCGCAAGAAGCUCGACCCCUCCGCUCCCGUAACCACAAAUUCGUUUGAGGAUGACCGCCGCAACGUCAAUCAUGAGGAGCAUCCCUCAAGACCUGUCAAUCCGUUCGAGAACAUGGUUGUGCCCACGGGUCCCCGCAGCAACAUUCCCCAACGGAACAUGAACUACUUCAACAACCAGAGACCACGCAAGCUUCCAACGAAUCUUCCUGCAGGAUGGUUUGUCACCACUGACAGCACAGGCAAAUACUACUUUUACGACAAGAGCGGCCAUACCCAGUGGCAGCGACCUACAACGCCUGCUGUCGACGUGCCCAAGCCCUCUGCCAAGGUGGAACAAAACCAAAAGGCUCUGCAGGAUAUCAUCGACAGUUUGACCAAGGAGCCGACGCCCCGCCAUUCUGCGAACCAAACCCCUAAAUCUAACACACCCGUGCCAGACAAUGGUAAGAAGGAGAAGUGGAGGUCUCUUCCGGUUGAGAAACAGAUGAAGAUUUACGAAAACACGCUCUUUCCUCAUGUGAAAUACGUCAUGGACAAGUUUCACCGAAGACUUCCCAAGGAAGACCUCAAGCGGUUUGGCCGUGAGAUCAACAAGAAACUGGUUGCUUCCGACUACAAGAACCACCGUGUCGAUGACCCUACGACCAUUUCCUCCAACCAGGCAAGGAAGAUCAAGAAAUUUGUCAAGGACUUCUUUGAUCGUGCUGUGGUCAAGCACAGGGAAAACGAGCAGCGCGCUGCACAGAAAGCCGGGCCAUCAUCUUCCGGCGCCCCAUCGCCUACCAACGGCGGUUCAGCCAAGUCACCACUUGGCCGUAACGGCGCCAGCAAUGCCACCGUCAAGACCCAGCAGCCCGACGCCGAUGGCGAUAUUGUCCUUACAGACGUGGAGGAUGAGGGCGAGAAUACUCCUGCCACCUCCAGCUCAGACCGCAAGAGGAAGCGUGCGGAAGAGCAAGAGGUUCCGGCGCCGGCAUCCGAAGCGAUACCUUCACCGAAGCGAGCCAAGGAGGACUCGACAACCGAAGACUCGAUCCCCAGCCCUCCGCCCCCUCCGCCGCCGCCGACAGAUACUCCACUCACCGAAGAGGAGCGAUCAAUGCGCGAGCAAGAGGAGGCCUUAAUGAGGGAGAACGAAGAAGCGCAGAGGCUGGAGGACGAGGAGGCCGAGCGCCGGGUGAGUGUUACUGUUCAGGGAGCGGCUGUCGCGACCAGCAAGGUGAACGGAGUAAAUGGGACCAAGGCCCACCAUACCUCAGAGGCAUCACCUGCUGUUUCCGAUGAGAAUGGGAUGGACGCUGGUCGUGAUGAGAAGAGUCAUGAGCAAAUGGCACAACAGGAGCCCGUCAGUCGUUAGCUAUCUUUUAUAAGUUCUUUUUCUUUCCUUUUUUUUUUUUUUAUCUUUCUUCUUUCUUUCUUCUUCCGGGUGUGUGGAAAAGAGUCCAAUGGUUGUUGAAAGCAAAUCAUGGACAGAGAGGCACAGUUCAAGGGAAAUGCUUGAAUGGCUCUUUCCUUAUCGGUUCGUUGCAUGAAAAGGUUACCGCCUAACCGCCCUGGAAUCAUUGUUGGCUGGUUGGCAUUAGAAAAGUGGUUGGUUUGGUGGGUACUCGUUUAUCCGGUUCAUGUUGGUGGGUCGGUUGGUCGGUUGGUCAUAUAUCCAAAAUCGGUCGGUACACGGUCCAAAGGGUUGAUGGUUUCCUGAGUUAUCAUUCUCAGCACGUCUAAUGUCCGAGGAAAGGUGGACGAACAGACAGACAGGCAUGGACUCUUGUUAUUGCUUUCCUACGAUGUUCCACUUUCAUCAGCAACAAGUUUAUCUUUAUAUUCAGGUCUAGAUCGAUGACGGAUUGGGUGAUGGAUGUGCCGGUGCUGGGGACAAUUCGACAGUCAUCAACAUAUAGGCGGUAGGCUACUAUAAUUGGUGGACGAGGGGUACCAGUAUUGCUGGCUGACUUUUCAGUCAUGGACACACACGCACCUGCCCCCUUGUAUUGCCUUGGAGGAAUUUUUUUUAUUGGUAGAGAACGCAAUACCGCAUUUUGACAACGGACGUGGUCGUGAUGGUGGUGGCGACACUGCUGGUGGUGGUGGCGGUGGUGG